AUGGCGUAUCCUGGUAUAAUUUUCGCUGCAGCAAUCGCGGUCGGUCUCGCUCUCUGGUAUUUUUUAGCUGACCCUUCGCACACAGAACCUCCUCACGAGUCCAGGGCUCCGCCUUCGAGAGAAUCAUCGCCGCCAACAAAUAAUUCCUGGGAACAAUCCACCAAUACAAGGCGGCGAUUUCGGAGGAUCGACAAUGAAGGCAAAGACGAUUGCCCCAUCUGUACAGAUCCCAUGGAUCAAGCAGCCACAUCGUUGUCAUGUGGACACAUGUUCCACACAUUGUGCAUACAAAAGUGGCGGAAGAUACAGACCGCAAACCAUAUUGGAGGAAAUACCUGCCCAAUUUGUCGCAGUCUUAUCUGA